AGCCCAGCCCCGCCAGUCACCGCUGCGCUCCCGUCAUGGGCCCACGCCGCGACGCUAGCCUCCAAUAUAUCUUCCUCAUCGCCACACUCACUGGCCUCAGCCAAGUCAGCUGGGCCAAGAACCUUCCUGUGACCCAGCCUCAACCCAGCAUGCCCCAGUGUCUCCAAGGCUCCAAGAACCUGUUGGAGGCUGUAAGCAACACUCUUCAGAAGGCAAGACAAAAACUUGAAUUGUACUCUUGUUCCUUGGAAGAAAUUGAUUAUGAAGAUAUCACUGAAGUCAGAACCAACACAGUGAGGGAUUGCCUACCCCCAGAAUUAACCAAGAAUGCAAGUUGCCUGGUUUCCAGAAAGACACCUUGCAUUGAGAACUGUUGCCUUAAAGGCAUCUAUGAGGAUCUGGAGACCUAUAAGGCUGAGUUUAAUGUGAUCAAGGAAACUCUUGCAAAGGACCCUUCAAGGCAGAUUUCUCUGGACCAAAAUAUGUUGGCUGCUAUUGAUGAGAUGAUGCAGGCCCUGAAUUUCAACAGUGAAAACGUACCACUGGCCUCUUUACCCAGAGAACCUGACUUUUACAAGACUAAAGUCAAGCUCUGCAUCCUCCUUCAUGCUUUUAGAAUCCGGGCUGUGACCAUCAAUAGAAUGAUGAACUACCUGACUGCUUCUUCCUAA